CAGGGCUGGGUGCUCCCUGCCCGUGGCGGUGGGGAGGAGAAGACAUAUCCUGCACGGGGUCCUGCGCUGCGGGCAGACAUGGAGCUGGCAGACAUGGAGCUGGAUGUGCAACGGGCCAAGGAGAUCAUCGAGCAGAAGCUGGCAGAAGAGGAGGAGGAGAAGAAGCAACUCCAAGUGGAUGGCACACGGGAGCCACCGGCCGUGGAGCGGAUGAGCACACCUGAGCUGGAGGAGGAGAAACACCGUGGCCCCAGGAACCGGGGCCUCGAGGCCGUUAAGGUGAGGGGUGUCGGAGUGUUGGGGGGCCCGGGCACAGCUGGGCAUGGAGAAGACAAACGGGGUGCUGCACGUUGCUCCCCCCAGGGCCAGGAGCGGGUGCGGAAGAGCUCGGUGGACCUGCGGCGGGAGAUCAUCGAUGUGGGGAGCAUCCAGCGCCUCAUCGAGCUCCGCAAGCAGCGCCGGCAGCGCCGGGAGGAGCGGGCGGCCACCCCCGAACCCCCCCCGCCACCUGAGCCCCUGGAGAUCGAUGGUCCCGUGGAGCCAGAGACCUUCCUGCGAGCCGCCGUCCAGGGCAAGAUGCACAUCAUCGAGAAGUUUCUGGCGGAUGGUGGCCCCCCCGACACGUGUGAUGAGUUCCACCGCACGGCCCUGCACCGCUCCUCGCUGGAGGGACACAUGGACAUCCUGCAGAAGCUGUUGGACAGUGGGGCCACCGUCGACUUCAGGGACCGGCUGGACUGCACCGCUGUGCACUGGGCCUGCCGGGGAGGGCACCUGGAUGCCGUCAAGCUGCUGCAGGACCGCGGGGCAGACCUCAACCUGAAGGACAAGCUGCUCAGCACCCCCCUCCACGUUGCCACCCGGACCGGGCACCCUGACAUUGUGGAGCAUCUCAUCCACUGCGGCGUGGACAUCAACUCCCCGGACAGGGAAGGCGACACAGCGCUGCACGAUGCCACGCGGCUCAGCCGCUAUAAGAUCAUUAAAAUGCUGAUCCUGCACGGGGCCGACAUGAUGGCCAAGAACCAGGCUGGCAAGACCCCGACGGACCUGGUGCAGCAGUGGCAGGUGGACACACGCCAGGCGCUGGAGACCAAGGAGCAGCCACAGAGGGAGAUGGAGGUCCUUGCGUGAUGGCGCUGGGCAGGGACCAGGGGGCUGGGCUUGGCUCCACAGAGCAAGACCCAGCCAAGACUUGUCUGUGUCUUAGCUGAUAUGGUUUAGUGAUGGGGUUUUUUUGUCAUUGUUACGUUGGUGG